AGCAUAAAUGAUGAACAUUUCCUGAGAAGCAUAACAAUUCCUGAUUGCGGAAGUGCCCCACGCGCACCGUUAAGUACCAAGUAAGGAAAAGUAUGAAAGAACCAUCUGGGUGAGUCUCAAGUUUGAAGACCACCACAUCCACCAGGAGACCCAGAAUGGAUCCGCACCAAAGCACCACCAUCACAUUCCUGGAGAAAUGGUAUUCGGAUGAGUCACUGUCUGGCUGCCGGAGACAUCAUAAUGUCAAGAAAAAACUGAAGUUCAUUCGAAUCUUAGGCCUUUUCAUGGGCUUGGUAGCCAUUAGCACUGUCUCAUUUUCAAUCGGUGCCUUUUCUGAGACAGACACACAGAGCACAGGAGAGGCCAGUGUUGUCCGUGGCCCCAGGGUAGCACAGGGGUACCAUCAAAGAACUCUCUUAGAUUUAAAUGACAAGAUUCGGGAUUAUACGCCACAGCCACCACUUUCUAAGGAAGGCAACUCUGAGAAUAGUACUGAUCAUGCCCAAGGAGAUUACCCUAAAGACAUCUUUUCCCUUGAGGAGAGAAGAAGAGGUGCAAUCAUUCUCCAUGUCAUUGGAAUGAUCUACAUGUUCAUAGCCUUAGCCAUUGUCUGCGAUGAGUUCUUCGUCCCUUCUUUGACUGUCAUCACCGAAAAACUGGGCAUCUCUGAUGAUGUGGCCGGAGCCACCUUUAUGGCUGCAGGGGGUUCAGCCCCAGAACUUUUCACAUCGCUCAUUGGGGUGUUUAUUGCUCACAGCAACGUUGGCAUAGGCACAAUCGUAGGCUCCGCGGUAUUCAAUAUCCUCUUUGUUAUUGGCAUGUGUGCUCUGUUUUCUAGAGAAAUCUUGAACCUGACCUGGUGGCCGCUCUUUCGGGAUGUGUCCUUCUACAUCGUUGACUUGAUCAUGCUGAUUAUAUUUUUCCUGGAUAAUGUUAUCAUGUGGUGGGAAAGCUUGCUUCUCUUAACCGCUUACUUUUGCUAUGUGGUUUUCAUGAAAUUCAACGUCCAAGUAGAAAAAUGGGUGAAGCAAAUGAUAAAUCGCAAAAAAGUCGUCAAGGUGACAGCACCAGAGGCCCAAGCAAAGGUUGGUGGUGGUAGUUUUUUUAUUGAAUGCCCUUCUUGACCCUAGUUCUGAGUUACUGUGCUUUUGAGAGCUGCAAUUUUUUAAAAUGUGAGGGUGUUUGGGGCUGUUGUGGAUAGCAGAUUGCAUUCUGUAGUUUUGUGAUAGCCAGACUAACAAAGCAGUAGAAACAAAUAAUUUGGGGGUAUUCUUGUAGACAUUUACUGAGCUCCCCAGCAACUUGCUUCUGAGUAAAACAUUUGUACAUACAGGUUACAUAAGCAUCCCAGAGCAAACUCAGCAGUUAUUUGCCUCUUAUUUUCUGCAAGUAGGCAUAAUGAUUUUGUGAGCAGUUUAAUCUGCAUGGCAAAGUGUAUGUGGCUAGCAAGUUGCGGGACUCUUUUUACAUGGGCACAUGACAGUUAUCAACAGCCACCUCUAUGAAGAUGUCUGGGGGAAGAAAGUUUGUUUCUUGUCACCACAGCAAUACCUUGAAUCAUCAGCCUAGGGCCUAGCAGGUCUGGUCAUUAGAGUGGCCAUGGCCAUUUUCUUGAUUCACACAAUCGUGUUUCAGAUCACUUGACCAGGAACUGAUCAGCAUUCUUUGUAACGAGAGUCCCUGGUCAACCCAACCCCCUUCUCUGUAUGGCAAUGACCCAUUUUGCACACCAUAAGAAUCAUGACCCCAAAUAUUUUCAUGGUAGAUUUUUUAACAGUUUUAAUGACAGUAGUGGCCGUCCUCCCACUUAGGUGGAAAGCAGAUUGGUAAAGAGCUUAGAAGGAAUUGAUCUUCAAAAAUGUAAAUAAUUUUGUAAAAUAAGGGACAAGCAGCAUCAAUAAAAUUAUAUAUUGU